AGUUGACUUCAUGUAAGAGAUGGAGAAAUCAGACAAGUUGCAUCGAAUCGUCUCUCCAAUGGAGUCUAUUCUUGCUUCCUCUGGAGAGCUCGACGUGUUUCUCAGUUUCAGAGGCUUUGACACACGCAACAACUUCACCGGCCAUCUCCAAAAAGCUCUCCGCCUUAGAGGAAUAGACUCCUUCAUCGACGACAAACUCCGCCGAGGAGACAACCUCACUGCGCUUUUCGACAGAAUCGAGCAUUCAAAGAUUGCAAUUAUCGUCUUCUCCAAGAACUACUCGAAUUCCGCGUGGUGCCUCCGAGAGCUUGUGAAGAUCCUCGAGUGCAGGGACAGAAACCAACAGGUGGUGAUACCGAUCUUCUACAAAGUCGACAAGUCUGAGUUGAAGAAUGUUCCAAAGAAGAGUUUUACUGAAGUUAAGGAGGACGAAUUUUCAUCUUGGGAAGCUGCUCUGGCCACAGCAUUCAACAUCUCCGGCUAUGUAGUCAAUGAACUCAGCACGUCUGAGGCCAAACUUGUGGAUGAGAUUGCUGUUGACACGUUCAAGAAACUGAAUGAUUUGGCUCCCAUUGGUAAUGAAGGUCUCGUGGGAGUAGACUCACGUCUAGGGACUCUAGAAAAGCUUUUAUGUUGCCAUGAGUUGGACUCUGUUCAUGUCAUUGGCAUUGUUGGAAUGGGCGGGAUUGGUAAAACUACUCUUGCUGAUUGCUUGUAUGGACGCAUGCGAGGCCAAUUCGACGGAAGCUGCUUUCUUACAAACAUUCGUGAAAACUCAAGUAGAAGUGGGUUAGAGUCUUUGCUGCAGAAACUCUUCUCCACAUUACUAAAUGAUAGAGAUUUAGAGAUUGGAGCUCCUGGAAAUGCACAUGAGAGGUUUGAGCGCAGGCUUAAGAGCAAGAGGCUGCUUAUUGUGCUUGAUGAUGUGAAUGAUGAGAAGCAGACAAGGUAUCUUAUGGGGCACUCCAAAUGGUAUCAAGGAGGAAGUAGAAUCAUCAUAACUACUAGAGAUACUAAACUAGUAGAGGCGGUCAAGGGUCGAAAAUAUGUGCUCCCUAGAUUGAAUGAUAGAGAAGCCUUGAAGCUCUUUUGCUUGAAUGCAUUUAAUGACCCUUGCCCUCUGAAUGAGUUUCAAAAUUUGACAAAUAUGGUUUUGGAUUAUGCUAAAGGCCACCCUUUGGCUCUUAAGGUGUUAGGAUCUGAUCUUUGUGAGAGGGAUAAUCUGUACUGGGAAGCCAAAUUGGAUAGGCUGACAACUAAAUCACAUGGAGAUAUUUAUGAAGUUCUGGAAACAAGCUAUGAGGAGCUUAGCAUUGAGCAGAAGAAUGUUUUUCUGGAUAUUGCAUGUUUCUUCAGAUCAGAGAAGGUGGACUACGUCAAAAGCCUUCUCAACGGUCAUGGUGUGGAUGCGUCUAGCGUGAUAGAGGAUCUAGUUGACAAAUGUUUGAUUACUCUGUCUGAUAAUCGCAUCGAGAUGCAUGACAUGUUGCAGACUAUGGGCAAAGAGAUUAGCUCAAAAGCAGAAACCAUAGGAAUAAGAGACACAAGGUGGCUAUCACAAUAUGGCACCCAGUAUCAGUCGCAUAUCAGACUAUGGGAUAGUGACUACAUUUGUUACCUGCUGACCAAAGGCUUGGGAACUGAAAAUAUAAGAGGAAUUUUCCUGGACACAUCAAAACAAGGAGCCAUGCGUCUAAGCUCCAAAGCUUUCAAAGGCAUGUGCAAUCUCAGAUACCUGAAAAUUUAUGAUUCACGUUGCGUACGUGGAUGUGAAGUGGAUUCUAAAGUGCUCCUACGUAAGGGGCUUGAUUUCCUUCCUGAUGAGCUAACAUAUCUACACUGGUAUGGAUGCCCUCUACAGAGUCUCCUUCUGAACUUUGACCCUAAGAACCUUGUAGACCUUAAGCUGCCAUAUACUGAGUUAGAAGAAAUGUGGGACGAAGACAAGGAUGCAGGAAUGCUCAAAUGGGUGGAUCUCAGUCACUCGUUGAGAUUAAGCCGAUGUUCAGGUUUGGCUAAUGCUCAAAAUCUUGAGAGGUUGAAUCUAGAAGGAUGUACAAGUUUGAAAAAGUUGCCAUCAUCCAUGAAAUGUUUGGAGAAGCUUGUUUACCUCAAUCUCAGGGAGUGCACAAGCCUUACGAAACUUCCAGAAGGACUCAAAACUCUAUCCUUGGAAACUCUUAUUCUCAGUGGCUGCUCCAGUUUCAGGAAAUUCCCAAUGAUCUCAGAAAAUGUUGAAGUACUACUUUUAGAUGGCACAGCAAUAAAGAGACUUCCUGAAUUCAUUGAAAGCUUGGGAAAACUUUCUUUGCUAAAUCUGAAGAACUGCAAAAAGCUGAAGCGUCUUUCUUCUGAUCUUUAUAAGCUGAAAUGUCUACAAGAGCUAAUACUCUCAGGAUGCUCACAGCUAAAAGUUUUUCCAGAAAUCAAGGAAGACAUGGAAUCUUUGGAGAUUUUACUUCUGGAUGAUACAGCCGUCACUGAGAUGCCAAACAUGAUGCAUCUAAGAAAUAUCAAGACAUUUUCUUUGUGUGGAACAAACAGUCAAGUUUCUGUUAAUAUGUUCUUGCCACCUCCAUUAGGCUGCUCUCAGUUAACAGAUCUUUACCUCUCAAGAUGCAGUCUCAACAAACUACCAGAAGAUGUUAGUGGUCUAUCCUUGUUGCAGUCUUUAUGCUUAAGCGGAAACAACAUCGAGAAUCUGCCAGAGAGAUUCAACCAGCUUCACAAUCUGAAAUGGUUUGAUCUGAAGUAUUGUAAAAUGCUCAAGUCUCUACCAACUCUUCCACAGAACCUACAAUUCCUGGAUGCACAUGAGUGUGAGUCACUUGAAACUCUGGCGAAUCCAUUGACUCCUUUGACUGUAGGAGAGAGGAUUCAUUCUAUGUUCAUCUUUACCAACUGUCAUAAGCUGAACCAAGAUGCACAAGAGAGUAUUGUAGGUUAUGCCCGAAUCAAAAGUCAGUUGAUGGCUAAUGCAUCUGUGAAACGUUAUUACCGGGGCUUCAUUCCAGAGCCUCUGGUUGGAAUCUGUUACCCGGCGAAUGAAAUACCAAGCUGGUUCUGCUACCAAAGGCUAGGACAUAUCCUAGAGAUCCCAUUGCCUCCUCAUUGGUGUGACACUAACUUUGUUGGACUUGCCUUAUCUGUAGUUGUCUCAUUCAAAGACUAUGAAGACCACGCUAAACGUUUCUCGGUUAAGUGUUCUGGCAAAUUCGAGAACCAAGACGGUUCCUUCACAAGAGUUGACUUCACUCUUGCAGGCUGGAAUGAACCGUGUGGAUCGCUUAGUCAUGAACCAAGAAAGCUUACUUCUGACCAUGCUUUUAUGGGAUACAACAGUUGCUUCCACGUCAAGAAACUCCAUGGAGAGAGUAGCAGUUGCUGUUAUACAAAGGCUUCUUUCGAGUUCUAUGCGACGGAUGAUGAAAUGAAGAAGAAGCUUGAGACUUGUGAGGUGGUCAAAUGUGGGAUGAGUUUAGUGUAUGCUCCUGAUGAGGAUAAUUAUAUGUUGUUGAAGAAGACAUCUCUGGUUCAGUUUAGUUCGAAGACCGAACCAAGCUGUUCCAAUUGUCUUGAUGCUGUAGUUGAUGAUGUCAGACUCAAGAGAGGACGAUGCCAGGCUAGUGGUGGUGAAUGUAAUGAAGAAGCAGAUUGUAAGAGAACCAAGGAGAAGAUUUUGGUGUAA